AUGAGUACAGCCGCUAGAAGACGUUUAAUGCGUGAUUUCAAAAGAUUACAAUCAGAUCCACCAGCAGGUAUUUCCGGUGCACCAUUAGAAAACAAUAUUUUAAUGUGGCAAGCUGUAAUUUUUGGCCCAGAUGAUUCAAUUUGGGAAGGCGCAACCUUUAAAUUAUCAUUACAAUUUUCAGAGGAAUAUCCAAACGAUGCCCCAACUGUAAAAUUUUUAUCAAAGAUGUUUCAUCCUAAUGUUUAUGCAGAUGGUUCAAUUUGUCUCGAUAUUUUACAAAACCAAUGGAGUCCAAUUUAUGAUAUUGCAGCAAUUUUAACAUCCAUUCAAUCAUUAUUAUGUGAUCCAAAUCCAAACUCUCCAGCAAAUUCAGAAUCAGCACGUUUAUUCCGUGAAAACAAGAGGGAAUACAAUCGUAAAGUCAAAGAGAUUGUAGAACAAAGUUGGUCAUCUUAG